AUGGCUCCCUCGGGGCCCCAUAUCUCGAGCCAGCUACGGCAACUCAUAUACUACCAUCUCGAUAAUAAUCUGCUUCGAAACGCUCUGUUCCUGGCUGGCCGGCUGCACGCCUUCGAGCCCAGGUCGUCGGAAGCUGCCUACCUGCUCGCCCUGUGUCUGCUGCAGUCCGGACAGCCAAAGUACGCCUGGGAGGUCUGUCGCAAUGCCGGAACUCGGGGGACGCAUCUCGGGUGUGCCUACAUCUAUGCUCAGACCUGUCUUGACCUCGGAAACUACAUGGAGGGAAUCACGGCCUUGGAGCGGAGUAAGCCUCAGUGGGCGUCGAAGAAUAACUGGAAUAAACACAGUGAAAACAGACGACAGCAUCUGCCUGAUGCAGCUGCGGUGCUUUGCCUCCAGGGGAAACUAUGGCAUGCUCACAAGGACAUACACAAAGCUGUCGACUGCUAUGUUGAAGCUCUCAAACUGAACCCGUUCCUUUGGGAUGCUUUCCUGGGACUUUCCGAGACCGGUGCAAAUGUGAGAGUACCGAAUAUCUACAAGAUGACACCAGAAAUGGUGGCCAUGCUCACUCCGUCAGCCUCGGAGAGCUCAUUUUCUGAGAAGUCCAUCACAAACAGCCAACCACUCCAAGUACAGCCGAGUGCUAACCACAACGUUGAUCCCUUUUCAUCGACAAACGGUACCAGCUACGGCAGCUCAGCGCUAUGGGAAAAACUCAAUGGCAGCAGUGUCAGCGUGGUGUCUGCAUCUGCAUUACUCCCCGAAGGACUAGAAACUCCCGUCGCCCAGAGUGAUUCGGAUGACUUCCGCGUCCGGACCGGGCCUAAUACGGGAGAGACAUACGGGGAGCCACCCUUUGCUCCCGCUCGAAAGUCACGGACAAUGCAGGUCCUGGGCGUUGAAAGCUGUGUAGAACCGCCACGGCUCAAACCGACCAGCACACGAUCCAAGACGAAACCAAAGUCAGCAUCGGCUGAAGAAGUUGCCCAAAGCAAGGAAUCUACUGCCUCCCAACAGAAUGCUUCGGCGGUGGAGCGCAAAAGAACAGUUUCGGGACAUAUAGCUCCCACAAACACGACACCGCAGCAGGUUGAACCUGGUGCGCCCCAGCGACGAAGCGUUCGGCUGUUCAAUCAAAUACGGCCUACCAGCAAGUUCUCUACGGCUGCAGCCAGUCUGGGAACUCGGGAAGGACGUGAGAUAAAAAAAGCAAAGUCUACCAGCUCGAAGAGCCGCAGCACCGCCACCACAGCUCCCCUGGGGCGAUCGACGACCUCGUCUCGAAAACAAGGAGGCGAAUCAGCAGAUGCCGACACCAAGGAGAGCCGGUCAAAUGGGACCUCAUCAGAGUCUCUUAAUGGGCCAUCAAGACCUCAACUGCCGGAUAAGUCCAAGGAGAUUGACGCCCUGGCAUGGACGCUGGAUCUCUUUUCAAGGCUGGCGAGCGGACACGCGGCACUCUGUAGCUACAGGUGUCAGGAUGCUCUCCAGAUAUAUAACUCUUUACCGCAGAAUCAACGGGAAACGCCUUGGGUACUAUCGCAGAUCGGUCGGGCGUAUUACGAACAGGCGCUGUACAGUGAUGCCGAAAAGUAUUUCUCCAGGGUGCGGACAAUAGCGCCUUCGCAGCUGGAAGGCAUGGAGGUCUAUUCAACAGUGCUCUGGCACCUGAAGAACGAAGUUGAACUGGCAUAUCUCGCUCACGAGCUGAUGGAAACCGAUCGCCUGGCACCCGAAUCGUGGUGUGCGAUUGGAAACUCCUUCUCCCUGCAAGGAGAUCACGACCAGGCUUUGCGAUGUUUCAAGCGAGCAACACAGGUGGACCCCAGGUUUGCUUACGGCUACACUCUCCAGGGACAUGAAUACAUGUCCAACGAGGAAUACGACAAGGCCCAGGAUGCGUACCGCUAUGCCAUCAACGCCAACGCUAGACAUUACAGUGCCUGGUACGGUCUCGGUAAGGUCUACGAGCGGAUGGGCAAACUCAAGUUCGCCGAACAGCAUCUUCGUACUGCAUCGAACAUCAAUCCAGCCAACGUCGUCUUGAUAUGCAGCAUAGGCCUGGUCCUCGAGCGCCAGAAUAACCUCAAGGCCGCGCUGUUGCAGUACAGUCGAGCCUCAUCACUGUCGCCUCACUCAGUGCUGGCGCGAUUACGCAAAGCACGAACAUUACUCAAGCUCAACGAGGUGAAUCUCGCUCACAUCGAGCUGAAGGUGCUCAAGGACGUGGCUCCCGACGAGCCCAACGUGCAUUAUCUAUUAGGCAAGCUAUAUAAAAUGAUACAGGACAAGGGCAACGCAAUAAAACACUUUACCACCGCCCUAAACUUGGAUCCAAAGGCCGCCCAAUUCAUCAAGGAGGCCAUGGAAUCCAUUGAAAACCCUGAUGACGUUGAUGACGACAUGACAUGA